UUUUUAGUGAGGCGCCUGCCGCAGUCUGUCAAUUCAGCCCGCGAAAUGAAACAUUUCUCUCUUUUUUUCUAUUAUUAUUGACUAAAAAUAAACUAAUAGUAUGUUUUAUCAAUUUAGACGUGUUUUAAAAUAUCCAUUAAAUUCUAUUGGAUCACAUUUAUCGAAAUAUUCGACAAAAGUAGUGGAAAAUACAUCAUCAAUAUGCGAUCAACAAAGAAUAAUACAAACAAGUUUUGGUCAACCAACAUAUCAAACUCAUCCUCAUUUAAUAAAAAAAGGCGAAAUAAUACCAGGUAUUCAAUUAGAAGAAUUUAAAACAAGACGUAGUAAAUUAAUGGAACAAAUUUUAUUAAAUGACAAAUUAACACAUAUUGUUAUAAUACCAUCAUCAACGACAUUAUAUAUGACUGAAAAAAUACCAUAUGUUUAUCGACAAAAUUCUGAUUUUCUUUAUUUCACCGGUUGUCAAGAACCCGAUAGUUGUUUAAUUAUCACUGGUAAUUGUGAUAAUUUCACAUCAACAUUAUUCAUGAGAAAUAAAGAUCCAAAAUCAGAAUUAUGGAAUGGUACACGUACUGGAGUCGAUGCUGCUGUAUCAUUAUUUGGUGUUGAUGAUGCACUUCCAGUUGAUGAUUUUGAAAAAUUUCUCACAUCAUUUAUAAAUGAAAAUCGAAAUAAUUUAAUUUGGUACAAUACCGAGGAUAUUGUACAACCUGAAUUAGAUGAGAAAUUAAGAAGAUCAUUAAAAAUUAUUGAUAAUAAAUUAUUUCAUUGUCCAAAAACAAUGUUUCAUCAAUUACGAUUAAUUAAAUCAAAAGCUGAAAUUAAUUUAAUGCAAAAAAGUUGUGAUAUUGCAUCGUUGGCAAUAUCAAAGGCGAUAAAUUUAUCAAAACCCGGUAUUAGUGAACAUGAAUUAUUUGCAAUUGUUGAUUAUGAAUCGCGAAUGAAUGGAGCGGAAUUUUUAGCAUAUCCACCAGUUGUUGCAGGUGGUAAAAAUGCCUGUACAAUUCAUUAUAUAACAAAUAAUCAAAUAGUCAAGGAUGGUGAUAUGAUUUUAAUGGAUGCGGGUUGUGAAUAUCAUGGUUAUUCGUCGGAUAUCACAAGAACUUGGCCAGUUAAUGGAACAUUUUCACCACAACAAAGAAUAUUAUAUGAAAUUAUUCUUGAAACGCAAAAAGAAAUGAUAUUAAAAUUAAAUAAUAUGCCAAGUUUAGAGAAAUUAUUUCGUGAAAUGUGUUUAUUUUUAGGUAAACGUUUACAGGAGAUUGGUCUUGUUCCUAAAAAUUUUGGUGGCGAUAAAUUAAUUGCCGCUGGUUAUACAUAUUGUCCACAUCAUGUUAGUCAUUAUUUAGGAAUGGAUGUUCACGAUACGGCGAAAAUAUCGCGAAAUAUUAAAGUUCAACCGGGAAUGAUUGUCACUGUUGAACCAGGCAUUUAUGUAAGUCCAAAAAAUCAAUUCGCUCUUCCGGAAUUUUAUAAUUUGGGAAUUCGUAUCGAAGACGAUGUAUUAAUACAAGAAGAAGGUACUUUAGUUUUGACACGAAAUUGUCCAAAAGAAAUCAAGGAAAUAGAGAAUUUUGCAAAACAAAAUCAAUCAAUCAAAGAAAAAGAAAAGGAGAAAAUAAAGAGAAGAUUAUAAUAUAAAAUUCUGAAAUUGCCCUUCCAUUCAAAAGCGUCAUUCGAUUGGUUGGAUUAUUCAUUCAAUCUUGAGAACUCAAGUCAGUAAUAUUACGCAUCGUUCUU